GUUGGCGAUGUGACAUGCACGUCAACUAACCCGUAAGAGGUUGAAAAGUGGUGUGUGUUUGUGUGUGUACGUGUGCGUGUGUGUAUGCUGUCCGCUGCGUGCCCACGGUGUUGCUGUAAGGUGCGCUGCAGUUGCUUAAAAGUGUGCCAAAUGGAAGAGGAGGUCUCUGACAAAUGAUCUGAAGCUGAAUUGUGGGAAGUGCAGCUCUUUGCCAUGGUGAAUCAGGAGCACUUUUGGAAGCAUUUCAGCAUUUUGUAAGAACUGUGGGUGUAGUACGUCAUCUGAAGUGAUCUACUGAGAUCAGCAGGGACACUUGCAUCCCAUUGGAACUGCUCACUACUUUGGCAGCAGCACCAUGGCAAUGUGGAUCCAGGCCCAGCAGCUGCAGGGUGAGGCGUUACACCAGAUGCAGGCACUGUACGGCCAGCACUUCCCUAUCGAGGUGCGACACUACCUGGCCCAGUGGAUUGAGACCCAGCUCUGGGAUUCAGUGGAGUUGGACAACCCAGCAGAGGAAGCCAAAGCCAAGCGUCUGCUGGACAACCUGGUGGCCGAGCUGCAGAGGAAAGCCCAGCUUCAGGGAGGAGAGGACGGCUUUCUGCUCAAGAUCAAGCUAGGCCACUACGCCAGCCAGCUCAAGAGCACUUACGACCGCUGCCCUUUGGAGCUGGUGCGCUGCAUUAAACACAUCCUGCACUCAGAGCAGAGGCUGGUUCAAGAAGCUACAAAUGCCAGCUGUGGGACUGGGACCCAAGCUAUGGACUCCCUGUCACAGCGCCACCAGCAGAUCAACCAGGCCUUUGAGGAGCUACGUCUGGCCACACAGGAGACUGAGAACGAACUGAGAAAGCUGCAGCACAGCCAGGAGUACUUCAUCAUCCAAUACCAGGAGAACUUGCGCAUCCAGGCCCAGCUGAGCAGCCUGUCUUCCCUGCCUCCGGCCGAGCGCACCCAGCGGGAGACCACCCUGCAGAGCAAAAGGGCCACUGUGGAGGCCUGGCUCGCCAGAGAGGCCAGCACACUACAGAAAUACAGGCUUGACCUGUCAGAACAACACCAGAAGACCCUGGGCCUGCUGAGGAAGCAGCAGACUCUAAUCCUGGAUGAGGAACUCAUCCAGUGGAAGAGGAGGCAGCAGCUGGCUGGAAAUGGGGGUCCUCAUGAGGGGGGACUGGAUGUCCUCCAGUCCUGGUGUGAGAAGCUGGCUGACCUGAUCUGGCAGAACCGGCAGCAGAUCCGGCGCUGUGAACAUCUAACCCAGCAGCUCCCCCUGCCGGGGCCGAUGGAAGAGCUGCUGAGCAAACUCAACAGUGACAUCACUGAUAUCAUCUCUGCCCUGGUUACCAGCACCUUCAUCAUUGAAAAGCAGCCACCCCAGGUGUUAAAGACCCAGACCAAGUUUGCAGCCACUGUACGCCUCCUGGUGGGCGGAAAACUCAAUGUCCACAUGAACCCACCACAGGUCAAGGCGGUCAUUGUUAGCGAGCAGCAGGCCAAAGCUCUGCUGAAGAAUGAGAGCACACACAGUGAAAGCAGUGGAGAAAUCCUCAACAACAACUGUGUGAUGGAGUAUCACCAGGCCACCGGCACCCUCAGUGCACACUUCAGAAACAUGUCACUGAAACGGAUCAAGCGUUCUGACCGUCGAGGUGCAGAGUCGGUGACGGAGGAGAAGUUCACAGUUCUGUUUGAAUCACAGUUCAGUGUCGGGGGCAACGAGUUGGUCUUUCAUGUCAAAACCCUAUCGCUGCCUGUGGUAGUGAUCGUCCACGGGAGUCAGGACAACAAUGCCACGGCAACAGUCCUGUGGGACAAUGCCUUUGCUGAACCUGGCAGGGUACCGUUCAUCGUGCCAGACAAGGUGCUGUGGCCCCAGCUGUGCGAGGCACUUGAUAUGAAGUACAAGGCGGAGAUGCACAGUGGGCGUGGCCUGUCGGAGGACAACCUGGUUUUCUUGGCACAGAAGGCUUUUACAAGCAGCAGCAACAACCCUGAGGACUACCACAACAUGACUAUAUCCUGGGCCCAGUUCAACCGGGAGAGUUUACCUGGACGCAACUUCACCUUCUGGCAGUGGUUUGAUGGAGUUGUAGAGCUCAUGAAGAAACAUCUCAAGCCUCACUGGAAUGAUGGUGCCAUCCUGGGCUUUGUAAACAAGCAGCAGGCACAGGACAUGCUGCUGUCCAAACCCAAUGGCACCUUCCUGCUGCGAUUCAGUGACUCUGAGAUCGGAGGUAUCACCAUUGCCUGGGUGGCUGAGAAUCCCAACAAACCAGGUGAGAGGUUGGUCUGGAAUCUGUUGCCUUACACAACCAAGGACUUCUCCAUUCGCUCCCUGGCUGAUCGCAUCAGUGACCUGAACCACCUCCUGUUUCUCUACCCUGACCGACCCAAAGAUGAGGUUUUUGCGAAGUACUACACUCCCCCACUCUCAAAAGCAGUGGAUGGAUAUGUAAAACCACAGAUCAAACAAGUUGUGCCAGAGUUUACCACCCCCAACCCUGAACCCAGCGGAGGAACUCCUACAUUCAUGGACCAGACAGCUUCUCCCUCUGUGAGCCACCCCAACAACUUUGGUGUUUACCCACCCAUGAGCGACACCAUGUUGGAUGCAGAUGGAGACUUUGACCUCGAGGACACGAUGGAUGUGGCCCGUCAUGUGGAGGAGCUGCUCCGCAGGCCCAUGGCCAACCAGUGGAGCAGCCAGCAGUCCUGAACCUGAAAUCUGAACCUGAACCUGCUGCACACCUUCAGGUCAUCUCCAUCUUAUCCAACAGCAACACUCAUACCUGUAAUUCUCCCCAGACUGCAAGAAAUUUCCUGUUUUUAUCAGUCCUUCUGGCAGAUCCACAUUACAAUUCACCAUUCAUCUCUAGCUUUAGCUGCACACAGGAGUUUUGGAAGAGAGCAGGUCCAGUAAUGAAUAGCCGUCCAAGUCUCUGUAGAGACAGAAAACCUGUUUUCAAGAGUCAGUGUUCCUUGCAUUUGACAGAGGCUGGUGUUAAUGUCCUCUCCCACUUCUCAGAAUUUCUCAGAAUGGUCAUGUGGAGCUGGUUUGAGACAAAAUGUUGAACUACAGUUAGUUUCUAUGUAAGUUUUGCAUUCAAAUGUGCCUGUUGAGGUUUUAGCCACCAACAUGACAUGUUCACAUAAAAUUUCACAACAGACAAACUAGCUUCUCUUAAAAUCCUUUCCAUUUCCUUCUACACAGCUAACAUUGGUUAACAUUGGCAACUUGAAUCUCUUUUCCAUUGUAGAAUAUAUAUAUUAAGUAUUAUAUAGAAAAUUCCUAUUAAAAAGCAAGUAAGUCUUAAAGUAAGACUAUGUAACUUUUGCUGAACAUCAGCAAAUGUGAAAACCAGAAGUAUUCACAGGAUGAUGGCAAAUUGAAUUGCCAAAAAACAACAAGUAAAGAUCAAGAAACAGAGCUGCAGCUUUGACAUUAGCUUAGCUGUGGCUUAAGCUUUGCUGUCACAAAAUUAAAUGGUUUCCUCAACCCUACCACUGUGCUCUUAGAAGCUGCAGUUUCAGCUUCUGCUGCGCUUUAGUCUAAACCCAGCUGCUGUGUCCUGUAGAAACCAUCUAACAACACUAGAGGUCAGUCAAAGGUUCUGUAGGAAGUGGGUUAGUGUCUGAAUAGAAAUGAUGAACUAAUUAAUGCAGACGGUGCCAAUUGAGCCUUUGUUUAGUCCCUGAGGCUGUAAGUGUCACGAAAAAACAAAAUCAUAGAUGUAUUCUAAUUAAAAAGGAAAUGGUUAUUAUUGUACAGUCCAGAUGUUUAACUAUAUGAUGGUCAUUUAUAUUAAUAGUAUAGUGUGAUGGGUUAUUUUGUGAUGAUCAAAUAUACUGUUGUUUCAGUGAUAAUUCUUUCUUCAGCAGUUAGAGAAAUUAAAUGAACGGUAAAAUCAUAAAACUGAAACCAAUUUCUAUAAUUACCAUUUUCUGAGAAUAAUGAAUGUUCAGCAGUAUUAUACUGUGUUUCUCUUUAUUAUCAUUAUUUUGACAGCACAGUCAGGUUCAGCUCAGUGAGCAGUUUUGGUUUAGCUGGGCCCGUUCUAAACCUGAGCUACGCUAAUGAGACGCUUAGUGACACCGGCACAGCCUCGGUGUGUUUACUCUGAGUGUUAAUGUUUUCUGUAACAUGAUCAUAGACCACAAGUCAUAAAAUGAGCAAGCUGACUCUGUAAUGUCCGGUACACAGCACUGUUUAUCUUAAGUUUGCCAACAUUAGCCACGAUAAGCUACUGCUCGAACCAGACCAAGUGAGACUGCAGUAGCAAAACCCAGAUUGUACUGAACUGAGCUGGGGUGCGUGUACUGUUUCAUUUCUCAUUUCAAAGGUUACAUAGUCUGACUUUAAGUACUGAAAAAUGGGAUUUUGAAUCUGUACCUGCUAUAAUUUGGUGUUUUUUUAAAUAAUAUUUUUAAUUAAUUGCUUCUAUUCCAGCUGUUCUCUGAGGUUCUUGUGCUACACUGCCAUCCAGCAAAAUGUUCAGUCUCAGGUGCUGUGAUUUGGUCAAUAACCAAUUAUUGAUUUGAACACUUUGACAAGUCUUGUUGCCAGAUUGACUUUUAAAUACAAAUGUUGGUACAAUAUGAUCUGUCAGAUGGUAAAAUAAUUAUCACUUACCAAUGUGACAUGUCAGAACAUGUUUCUGGACCUCACUUUGCUAAAAACAGACGUUGUAGUCUGUAGUUGGUAAAUGCUAAGAACCUUGGUGAAUGGUUUGUACAACAUUUUAGAGAUUUGUUUUGGUCAUUUAGACUUUAUACAACUGUUCUCACAGGAUGUCAAAUGGUAGAAAACAAAACGCACGUACACAGAGUGUUAAACCAAGAGAACAGAUCAGUAAACUGAUGUUUACUUUUUUUCUGAUGCCAGUUUUCAGUCUGAACUCCAUUCAGCUCAUAUAACAAGUAAACACAGCAUUUCAUUACUGAAAAAGUUUAUGUAGAGAAUAAUUAAUUCCCUUCUUUUAUUCUAAAUGUCAGAUUCCAGAGGUUUAAACAUUGUUUAACAAUCCGUGUGCAGAGUUUAUUCAUCUCUUCACUUACUCUAGCAAUGUGUGAGUAUGUCUCCACACCAAUUUUGUUUUCUACUAUCUGACACCCUGCAUCGUCCUCCCUAGAAUCAGAAGUUUCCCUUUUAACCGUAAGUCAGUGUUAUGUUUCUUUCAGGACUACAAAAACUAUUAACCAUGAUUUUAACAGAAUAAUCCGAAGUGACCAUUGUGUUGUUCCACAACUCUAACGUACUGUAUCUGAUGCCUGGCGCUUCACGUCCGUCCAAACCUAAAGUGAGCUUGACAUUUUGCCUUUCUGGACCUGAACUCGACUAAAAUCUGAAACUGAAAAAAAAAGAAUAUUUUGAAUAUACAACUCCAGCUCGACCACAAACUUGACAUGCUGCAGUUUUUAAGAGUCAACUCCAACAUCUAGCAUUGCUUUGUGGAAGUGGGACUGUGGCAUUUACAUUGAAUGAAUCUUUUGUGUGUGAAUAUAUGUAGUGAAAAUGGUGUGUGCUGUAUUACAAGCUAAGCUUAGUUAUCUGUCAGUGGACUCCACUGGGAUAUACUCAUACCUCACACUUUGUAUGACUUCUUUUAGUCUUCAGCCAGGAUAAUCAGGACAGCAGCUCUUAAGGGCUGCAACUAACUAUUAUUUUCAUUAUUAAUCUGGCAGUUAUUGUUUUGAUGAAUUGUUUGAUUAGAAAAUAGUGGAAAAAUCAUAGUUUUUUACAGUCACCAUUUUCCAAAAUGCUAAAAUAUUCAGUUUGCUAUGACUUUUGAGAUGCUUGAACUAUAAAAUGUUUGCAUUGUUUCACACACUUUUGCAUGAAAAGGGACUUAAACAAUUAAUCAAUUAUCAAAAUAGUUUUUGAUUCAUUUCCUGUCGAUCUACUACUAUAAUCAUUGCACCUCCACAGCUCAUGAAUCAGUGCAGAUCAUUUUUUGCAGCAUUGCUUCUUAAACCAGAAUCAGUCUCAGCUUGAUUCUGUCAAAUCUGCACCCUUAUGAUGAUGAUGAUGAUGAUGAUGAUGAUGAUGAUGAUGAUGAUGAUGAUGAUGAUGAUGAUGAUGACUCUGCAUAGGAAGCUUUUUAUAAAGAUUCUCAGUUUUCCUGAAAUAUCCUUCAGUAAAUGUGUCUUUUCUGUGGAGCUACAGAAGCUGUGUCCCAGUUCAGUUCCUUCAUAGCCAUCGUAGGCCGCUAAGGCCGAACCAAAAUGAGACAGUCUGGUCUACAGAGGAUUUUCGCUUUGCUUACCUUACAGUUUCGUUGCAAAGUACGGCUCCUGUCACCCAAGCAUCAACCUCCGGGGCUGAAAAAUGAAGUCAACAUUGAACAACUAAAAACUGCAGUUCCUCUAAUGAC